GUGCUGCAUUUGGCCGUUUAGUGGGAGAAGCAAUGGCGACUUGGUUCCCUGACGGUAUUCGAGACGGUGAUAUUGUUAGUUUAGUAGUUCCUGGAGGAUAUGCCGUUGUAGGUGCAGCUGCUAUGUCCGGAGCAGUGACGCAUACCAUAUCAACGUCUGUGAUCGUAUUUGAACUUACUGGACAGAUUGUACAUAUAUUGCCUGUCAUGGUCGCUGUUCUCAUAGCUAAUGCCAUUGCUCAAUGGCUACAACCGUCAUUCUAYGACAGUAUUAUUCAAAUCAAGUCGCUGCCGUACCUGCCAGACCUUACCAAAACAGGGGCUUAUACUAUAAUGGUGUCAGACAUCAUGAAGACUAACCURUACUACAUUACCUAUCGCUCUACUUAUGCUGAGCUAAAAGACCUGUUGGACAAGUCUGAACAUCGCUCUUAUCCAUUGGUUGAUGCUCCAGAUUCUAUGAUUCUACUUGGUUCAAUACAAAGACCUCAGCUAUUGUCUAUACUCAACCAACAUCUCAACAAGUCUUUACAAGCGAGCAGUAGAGCUGAAAGCGAGGAUGCGAUGUGCAGUAGACCCGACUCACCUGAUUCCGUAUCAGCUCUAGUUAAUGAACAUGACAAGKCGAGCCCAGCUGUACUAGAAGUAGAGGCACAAGUCUCUGUACAGAAGUCCGAUACAAAAGCUAACAAGACGUCCAUCUUGGAAAAGAUCCCAGUCCCCCACCGUCUGCACAAACUGUUUGGUAGUGGCCUGAGUAUUAAUGACGUUGAAAAGAUAUCAGAGAGUAAACCAGACGAUGAACAGGUGACGGCAGACCAGCAAGCCCAAUGGGAACGAGAAAUUCUUCAGAUGCCAAUUGAUUUUAAUAGCUGUCAGAUUGAUCCAGCUCCAUUCCAGUUAGUUGAAAGAACAUCCUUGUUAAAGGCCAUCGAAGGAGAAAAUUUCCUUGAUGCAACAGAUGUUAAUGCGUCGUCAAACGACCCCAGGCCCUUUAACGAGCUAUCUCCACGGUGUACAUCGGACGUGAUGCUGGAGGCGACCGACGACGAGCCACCGAGACCAUCUGAGGGACAGCACUCGCCAAAACUGUAAAUAGCCGGUAAAAUGACAUGCAACCCCACGUGUCUGCCUAUUUAGAUGUUUUGAAGGCCCUAAUCACACGGCUUAUAUGCUGGUUCUCCUCACGAGAAUCGUUUGAGAACGACCUGUCUCACGACUUGYAUAUAUUGUUGUGCCUGUACACGGCGCAUAUGUAACAAAUAGAAGGCUAUUAUGUCCCUAUUAUGUGAACUUAGAAAAAAACUUAAACUUUAACUGAAAAUAAUUUUUAAGGAUGAGCAUUAAGGUUCGAAUCACAGCUAUGCAUUACCUAAUUAUUAGCUCACGAGCUAGCUUCACUAAAAUUAACCUGAAUGUUUGUGAUAUUUAUGCACCGGGAUUCAUGAAUAACCACAUGAAUAUUCAAUCGUAAGAUUGAAUAUAUAAUUAAUAAACCGCCUAUAGGGACAUGAGAUCGUUCUAUGUCUACAUAAGAGUCAUGCAUAUGGAAAUCCAUAUAUGGAAUGCGUCCGCCAUCUUGAAAAAUGAGACCCUAAACACAAUGUAGUGUCUUAGAACACAUUUCGUAGUUGCUAUGUCAACUAAUAUAUCAUUAUAUCGUAUUACAUUAACUUAACAAUAGCUUAGUGAUUCGAGUCCCACUUUUCAAGAUGGCRGACGCAUUGUUCUCCGACAGUACUGAUCCGUGUUGAGUACUUGUUCACUAGACAGCCUGGAAAAGUAGGUGUUUUAUUAGUGAUUGGAAUGAAACUAGUAUUUGGCUUCAGUACUAUAAAAGCURUAUAACUAUGAAUGGAUUUAAUCAGUUUUCUAACAAUACCAAUAAUUAAAAUUAAGCACACUUCAACGCUAACUUAGAGAUUUUUAUAAACAAUGAAACUCACGCUCGAACCUCGCAAUAUAACAAUGUCGUCAUCACAUGACAAUAACUAUUAAUUUGCAAUCACAGCAGGCCUCUUUUGAAUAACCGUCGUUUCUAAAGAUGUGACGGUAUUCUUUCCAAAUCUCCCAUGUGCUUGAGGUUUAUAUUUCAAAACCUGAAACGYGUGCGCGCGACAAUUCGCCAUUAUUUCACAAAACAUCUUUUUGGUGAGCUCCUUAAUACCCCAGAGAUUUUUCUUUCGUAUAYGACCGUCCACGUGCAUCCAAUAGACUUCUGAACCUUUUACGUCACUACUUGAUUUUCACUGGAUUGUGGAAACAGUUUCUAGUAAAACAAAAACAAAGCAAAAAACAAAAAAUAACAACAAAAAACAAAAAAACAACAACAAACAAACAACAAACAAACAAACAAACAAAAAACGAAACGAAACAAAAACUAAAGAUAUCCGCCAUGUUCUGGCCCAAACAUGUCCUACAAUGCGUUUACGGUACAUGACUUAAAAGUUUCAGAGGUCUAUAAGAAGCCGGAUAUUUCACAAAAGCAUGCGCAUAACAUACUGUGAUGCCAACAUAUACUGAAAAAUUGGGAUAGGAGCGUCCACACGUUUACCUGAAGAAAUUAUAUGCAGAAAUGUCCGCUCUGGAGAGCGUAUGCAGAAGUCGUCUGAGACUAUCUGCGGAGGCAAAACGUCCAGCGGUGGACAYGUGAGGGCGCUUGCGCAGAAUGAAAACAGUAUGUGGGCACAAAAUCUUAGGAUUCUUGUGGACGAGGCCUUAUAUAAGCUAUUGAAAUAGUUGAAUUAUUCAGCAGUUACAUUUAAUUGUUAGCGUUUAGGUUUAAGUUAAUUUUUUAGACUGAUUUCUAGACAUUUUUUAUUAGUUUGGAAAUGUUGUACUGUUGCAUACCAAAAAAGGUCUAAUAUUAAGAUUGAUAAGUAGAUUUGUUGGAUUGCUCGAUUGAUCAAAAAUCCAGAUGACAGUUUAAGUCAAUCCAGUUAACAUUGUUCAGUUGUAAAGACAACAACAAAGUCAUUUGCAGAAGACUCUUUUUGAAAUUUCCGGGAAAGAAUUUUACAGAACUGUGACAAAUGAAUGCCAUCUGUAUUCAAUGAAAUAGCAGCGUGAUAUUAAAUAUUAUUGAAAAUCCUAAAAGAUGAAACGUGUGCAGAUGACUUAGUUCCUGUCUUGGGUUUUCGACCUGUCCAUAUAAAACUGUAAAUUGAAAAAAUAGUACCUACGUCAGACAUCACGUGAUCGGUCAUAUCUCUGUGAAGUGAAGAGAUACGAACAGCAGUAGAUUCCCGUAAUAUAUAUAUAUAUUUUUUAUAUCGAAAACUUUGUAAAUAGGUUAUAAACUAUAUAUGCUMUGAUAAAAUAAAAACGUUCAGAACUUGGGGGUUUACCCCUCAUGGAAUGAUGAUCUUUAUGAUAAA